AUGACGGGGGAGCUUGCCCAAGUACCAAAGUACCAGGCCCGUACUAGCCCGUUCCCGUCACUCAAUCCCAUUCAAUCGGCUGCCAGUGCCUGGCUCCAGCUGGAGUGGGCGCCUGGCCGCUCGGCUCAAAGCGGCAAGGGUGAGCCGGGGGCUCCACACAAGGUGCCCACUUGCCCGCAAAAGAAACCGGAGCUGUCUGUCUGCUAG